AUGGGGAAUAUGGAUGGAAAAACUGUAGAAGAACUAAGUUCCACAGAAAUCCACCGUUGGUAUAAAAAGUUCAUGACGGAGUGUCCAUCUGGUCAGUUGACCCAACAUGAAUUCAAGCAGUUCUUUGGACUCAAGAACCUCAGUCCAGCAUCCAAUCAAUACAUUGAACAAAUGUUCAACACUUUUGACUUUAACAAGGAUGGUUAUAUGGAUUUUAUGGAAUACGUAGCUGCUUUGAGCUUAGUCCUGAAAGGCAAAGUGGAGCAGAAGCUGCGGUGGUACUUUAAACUCUAUGAUGUGGAUGGGAAUGGCUGCAUUGACAGAGGAGAACUUCUCAAUAUAAUAAAGGCUAUUAGGGCUAUUAACAGAUGCAAUGAAGAUAUGACCGCAGAGGAGUUCACAGAUAUGGUUUUUGACAAAAUUGAUAUUAAUGGCGAUGGUGAACUAUCACUGGAGGAAUUUAUGGAAGGUGUUCAGAAGGAUGAGCUACUCCUGGAUGUGCUGACCCGCAGUUUAGACCUGAAACACAUUGUCUACAUGAUUCAGAAUGAUGGUAAAAGGAUGGACAUGACAGAACGACCUUGUACAGAAAUCACAACUGUACAUUCACUUCCCUGA